GGUGGGGAGAAACUGCGUCACUGCACCAUUUCUUGCGCCCUCUUUAUGCGCAAUAUCAAAAUGCAAGUAGACAAAAUGCCGUCGGAGUCUAAACCUUUGUUGACAGCUCAAACUGAAAAGCCCAAUCAUUAUUCGUAUUUAAAGGAGUUUCGCGUCGAUCAGUGUUCGUUGUUUCUCCAGCACAAAUGUACACAACACAGACCUUUCACCUGCUUUCAUUGGCAUUUCAUGAAUCAGAGGAGAAGAAGACCUAUACGAAAAAGAGAUGGCUCGUUUAAUUACAGCGCUGACAACUAUUGUACUAAAUACGACGAGACAUCUGGGAUUUGCCCCGAUGGAGACGAAUGCCAAUUUCUACAUAGGACUGCAGGGGAUACAGAGCGGAGAUAUCACUUGAGGUAUUACAAGACGUGCAUGUGUGUUCAUGAUACAGAUAAUAGGGGGUUUUGUGUUAAAAAUGGAGCACACUGUGCUUUCGCUCAUGGUAACCAUGAUUUACGACCUCCCGUGUAUGACAUCAAAGAAAUGCAGGCGCUGGAUAGUCCUGAUGGAGAAUCAGCUCCCAAUGGACCGAAUGUCUUAGAUAAAGAAAGGAAUUUAAUGAAUGAAGAUCCUAAAUGGCAAGAUACAAAUUAUGUGUUGUCAAGUUAUAAAACAGAACAAUGUAAAAGGCCACCUAGAUUAUGCCGGCAAGGAUAUGCUUGCCCACAAUAUCAUAAUAGUCGUGAUAAGCGAAGGAGCCCAAGGAAAUAUAAAUAUAGGUCAACACCAUGUCCUAAUGUGAAACAUGGUGAUGAGUGGGGUGAGCCUAGUAAUUGUGAAAAUGGAGACAACUGCACAUAUUGUCAUACUAGGACUGAACAACAAUUUCAUCCAGAAAUUUAUAAGUCUACUAAAUGUAACGAUGUUCAGACUGCUGGUUAUUGUCCUAGAGGAGUUUUUUGUGCUUUUGCUCAUAUUGACCAGGAAAUGUGUUUGGCGAGAGAUUUAGCUGCUCCUUUAGAAUUGGGAACAAAUUUAGCAGAUAUUUUAAGUAAUGCUAUGUCCUCUAGAAAAAGGACAAAAGAGAGUAGCGAAUCAUCAAACGGAAGUGGGGAAUUAUCGGAGUGUGCUUCUACUAGUAGUAUCGGUUCAAAUGGUUCACACAGUCGAGCUCCAGGUGCACAACUAAUCCAUAGGAAUGACAAAAAUCACAUUAAUCUGUUUAAUCACGCACCACAAAAUGAUAUACAAGUACAGGAUAUUUUAAAUGAAAAGUUAACUCUGGAUAAUAGUGUAGUAAUGAAUGAAAAUGAUAAAUCUGAUAAGCAAAACUUAUUUAUGGCACUAAAUAUUCCUCAACAGCAUAACAAUUCAAUUUUAUCAUCACUUCAUUUUGAUCCAUCAGAUAUUUUAGGCAACCCAUUAGAAGAUCUGCAUGUCGAUGAACCAUUAGGCUUUGUUGGGAUGGACCGUGAUUUUGAAACAGAUUCACCUACUAUUUCUAAUUCGAUAACUGCUGGUCUAGCAAGUUCAGGUAUGCUAGGAACUUCUGCUCCAGUGAACAUUCCAAGGAGUGACCAAAAUAGCGGAUACGGUAGUAUCUCUCCGACCAAACGUUCCCCCUUUCAUCAUUUAAAGUCCGGAUAUUUUUCAGCUUCUAGAUUUUCUCAUCCUGAUACUUUAGAAACUAGUUUAUUAAAUCAUGUUGGAAGUAAUCAUCUAACCAGCAGUACAACAAAAUUUGGUAGUUUAACAAAUGGGAGCUUGUAUGAUUAUGGAAUAUCUCCCAAUAGUAGGAAUCCUUUGGGAACUUCCCCUUUAGUCGGGGGAGCUUUUUCUGUCGUUAGUGGGAAUAGAAGUAUAACUUGCGAUGAUAAGACAAAUCAUGCCAGGGGGUCGUGCGAAAUAUGGCAGAAGGAAGCAGAAGAGGCCAAUAGGAAAGCAUUAAUAGCUGAACAACAAAGAGAUGAGGCAAUGAGCCAAGCUAAAGCUUUACAAAAAGAAGUCGAUUUACUUCAAGGAUCACCUUAUUUACAUGGUCUACGAAGAGUAUCAGAAUUAAAGUCACUUCCAUUAACAACUUUGAAAUCAAUACAGGCUCAGUUAAAAGGAGAUUUAGAACAAGUAGAUAAGGAAGUGUUUUUACAGACUGGCACAAAAUGCAUGGUCUGUGAAGAACGUAAUAGAACAGUAACAUUAGGGCCUUGUAAUCAUUAUGUGCUUUGCAGUACAUGUGCGCCAAACCAAAAGGACUGCCCUUACUGCCAGACACCAAUAAUUGCCCAUUCUACACCAACGACAACUGCCCUCCAUGCAUAAGCUAGUCGUAGAGAGGUGAGAAAUAACAUAGCAAACUGGUGUUUUUGGCCUAUUCCACAGUUUGAAACAUGGACCUAUUUUCAAAUUGCUAUUUGGUGUGUACUUUGUGUCGCGUGUGCUAGUUAAAAAAAUAGUGUUACCGAUACUAGACAAGUUUUCUACACUUUUAAUAAAUAAAAAAAGAAAAGAAAACAAGGUUUUAUCACAAAUUAAAGGUAGAUGGUAUUUAUCCUAAAAGAUUUUGUAUAUGACUACCUAUGAAAAAACAAAAAAAAACAUGAUUUAUUAGAUAACUUGUCUGGCUCAGUUUUGUUUAUUGUUAAAUUAUUACUGUAGUUUGAGAUAAUAAUAUUCUUAAAAGUGUGUCAGUAUGGGGUAUGUGUGGGUGUGAGUGUGUGUGCGCGCGCAAGCACAUGUGCGUGUGGGAGCAUAUGUAUGCUUGAAAUAUUAAAAUUUUCAUUUUCAUUUUCAAUGAUAUUUUUAAAAAUAAUAAAUAAAUAUAUUAGAUUUUCAUUAGUUACAAAAAGUAUGUUUUUAUUUUUCCAAUAAAAAAAUUGUCCUAAUGAUUUUUUUUUUUAAGAAAUGGAUAUAUGUUAUAAUUUACACAGCUUUGCACUUUGUACUAAUCGAUAUAAUUUCUUUUUUUUCUCCCUUUACAUUUCAAAAAAUAUUUUUGUACAAAUAUUGGAGUCAAUAAAAUGGUAUUUUUAAAUACAGACAAAAUAUUAAUUAUGCUAACGACGGAGUUAUUCAUGUGCUUUCAAAUGUGAUUUUUUACCUACUUAGCCAAAUAAAGUUUUUUGAUAUUUCAUGAUUAUUUUUGUGGGAAAUAUAUUUCCCAUAAAUAAAACACAUUUUUUAAUAUUAAAAUAUUUGUAUCAUUCAAUAUUCUAGAAUACAGUUAGAAUAAGCAUUUGUUUUUAUAUUUAUUAGAUGUAAAUAACUUGCAUAAUUAAUUUUGUGGUGAAAGGAAUGUCUUGUCUCAUUCAUUAUUUGUAACAAUUAUUCAACAUUUUAACAAUAACAGCAAAAAUAAAUAGUAAUUUAAGUCAG